AUGGUUCCAGCAAAGAAACCCCCCAGCAAAGUGCACAUGCUGGGCACACCGGCUUCGAAGCGCAACUUCGCACCCGACGCAUCCCUCGUCCUGGUAGGCAUCCGGGGCUCUGGAAAGCGAUCGCUGGGGUUUAUCGCGGCUGCUGCACUCAAUCGCCGGUUUAUAACGGAAGAUUACUAUUUCAAAGAAGUCACCGGUCUCACGCGACAUGAAUUUCUGCUCAAGUUUGGGAGCCAUGAGUUCCAGCGUCGCGAUGUCGAGGUCCUCAAGAUGAUGCUCGAUAACCACCGGACGCAUUGCGUGAUUGAGUGUGGACUGGGCAGUUUGACGCGCAUUAUCCAGGAGCAUCUCCGCCAGUAUGCCCUUACCAACCCUGUGGUAUAUCUGCUGCGUGACAUGGAUCAGAUUCAAAGGCUACUACAACUACAAGACUUCUCGGUCAAGAGACUAGGAAAUGGUGAUCCAUACCAUCGGACGUGUUCGAAUUUCGAAUAUUAUAAUCUCGAGGAGCCGGUUCCGGUCGAUUUGUCUCUGGAGGAAGGAGCUCCAGAUCGUCGGUCGGUGAAUUAUUCGUUCAAGUUGAAGGAUGCCAAGGAGGAUUUUACACAGUUCGUGCGAUUUAUUACCGGAGCUACAACGACGGGCCCGGGGUUGGAUUCUCCGUUUGUACUGCUGGAAACGCCGCCGGAAAGCCGACCACAUACACAUGCUGUGCUACUCCGACUGUCGGCUCUACAUAAUAAUCUUGUCGAUCUUGCAAAAUUGGAGUCUGGCGGUGACGCGAUUGAAUUGUGUAUAGACAUGUGGAACCCAGACGCUGUGAGCACGGUGGCUAAACAUGUGUCAGUGUUGCGCAGGAUUGCAAAAUUGCCAAUCAUAUAUUCUAUCGACGCUGGGGCAUUGGGUCUUGAUGCACGCAUAUCAGACCCUGCCGUCAAAAAUGGCGACUUGUACUUUCAAAUUCUGGAAUAUGGUCUCCGACUUGGUGUUGAAUAUCUCGCAAUUCAUCUAGAUCAUGACCAUACCCGCUUAACUCAAAUUGUCCAAAGUCGGGGAAUGACUAAAAUCAUCGGACAUUUCACAAUAGACAUCUCGUCCGGUAUAUCCUGGGAGGACGAAGCUUGUUUGUCAAUCUACAUUGAGGCAGAACGAUUAGGCUGCCAACUCGUUCGCAUUGUCCGACUAGCCACGACAAGAGAAGAGAAUGACUCUGUCCGAAAGUUCGUCGAUCGUGUCAAAGCACUGUCAGGCUCCCAUCCCCCAAUAAUUGCAUUCAAUAUUGGACCCAUCGGACGGAGCUCGCAGGUUUUUAAUAACACCUUGACUUCAGUGGCGCAUCCUGCUAUAUCUCCCAGCGCACUGAGAGCAAAUGACCCUCAAAUAACAUCACAGGAUGCUAUCCGCGCGUUAGUGCAGAGCUAUAUGCUCGAUCCACUGAAGUUUUAUAUUCUCGGCGCUAGCGUGGCUUAUAGUAUCUCGCCGGCAAUGCACAACGCCGCCUACGCCAGUUGUGGUCUGUCUCAUGUUUACCGCAUACCAGAUGCACCGUCACUCGCUUUACUAGACGAAUGGUGCCACGACCCCCAUUUUGGAGGAUCUAGUGUGGUCCAACCAUGGCGAGUCCAUGUUGCUGGUCAACUGAAAUAUAAAAGUCGCCAUGCCGAGGCCAUCGGCGCAAUCAAUACAGUGAUGCCUUUGAGAACCAGUGCAGAUGGGAAUAUCUAUCCGCUCUCGGAACAAGCCAGUCGCCGCAACGAAGCCGGACCCAUUGCAGCAUGGUGGGGAGAAAACACCGACUGGAUCAGUAUAAUGGUAUGUUUACGACGAAAUCUGUCUCCUCGAAACGCAAUCAGUCCUAUUCGGACCACAGGACUCGUUAUCGGAGCAGGUGGUAUGGCUAGAGCAGCGAUAUAUGCCAUGUUACAAUUAGGAUGCCGAAAGAUCUUUAUCCUCAACCGGACGCUGUCCCGGGCGGAGGAAGUUGCGCGACACUUCAAUUCGUGGGUUGCGUCGUCACAUACAGAAUCUGAUGCGGCGGUUCGCGUGCUGCGUUCGGCGGAUGAGCCGUGGCCAUCCGAGCUGGCGUUUCCGUCGAUGAUUGUGUCGUGUGUGCCAGAGAACAGGAUACAGGGUCAACCGCCGGCAAAUUUUGUCAUGCCACUACAAUGGCUGGGCAGCCCGUCCGGCGGUGUAGUCGUUGAGCUUGCGUACAACUCCCUCGACACCCCCUUGGUCCGCCAACUCCGCCGCUACAGAGAAGAAACUGACACGCCGUGGGUGCUCAUCGACGGUCUCGAGAUCGUCGCCGAACAAGGAUUCGCGCAGUGGGAACUCAUGACGGGACGCAAAGCGCCGCGACGACUGAUGAUGACUGAGGUAUUGCGGAAUUAUAUGGGCGAAAAUGGCCGGUUGGAUGAGAAGACUAUUCGGGCGAGGUUGGAUGCAUUUUCGGGUUAA